AUGUUGAUUCGAUUCCCAUUGCUAAAUGUUGAGCACAAUGGGUCGAUCAUUAACCCGACCAGACGGUUGAUUCUCGGGCUGACUCGGCAGCAAUUUCCUUUGUGCAACCGACGAACACCUCAGAGGAGAAUGCCCUUGAUGUAUCAUGCAUGUCUUUCCAGAAUUACCUCUUUGGACCUCCGCAAAGCCCAGUCUCAUGAAUGA